UGUUAUCUCAUCAUCGUACUUCUCAUUGAGAUAUUCUUUGACUGCUGUCUUUAUGUCCUUUGUGAGCUGUGUGUCAUCAUCAGAGGGAUUCAGGAGCUCUGUUCUGAAGAGGUGCAGCACAGGCUUAAGGUGUGUUUGGUGUUGAUCCAGAUAAAGUGAAGUCAGUGUCAGUGAUGAAGGGAGAUUCUGUCACUUUACACACUGAUCUUAAUCAAAUACAAGAUGAUGAUGAGAUCGAGUGGACAUUUGGACCUGAACACAUUCGCAUCGCUAGAAUCAAGAGAAAGAUCGUCUCUACAUAUGAUGAUGUUCUUGGGAGAUUCAGAGGUCGACUGCAUCUGAACCAUCAGACUGGAGAUCUCACCAUCACAAACGUCACAACUGAACACGCUGGACAUUAUCAACUAAUCAUCAUAACUGGGAAGAAAACGACAAAUUAUUUCAGUGUCACAGUUUAUGCUCAUCUGCCGGUUCCUGUGAUCAUCAGAGACUCUUCUCAAUGUUCUUCAAGCUCUAAAUGUGUGUUGGUGUGUUCAGUGGUGAAUGUGACACAGGUGACUCUCUCCUGGUACAAAGGAAACAGUUUAUUGUCCUCCAUCAGUGUGUCUGAUCUCAGCAGUACUGUAUCUUUACAUCUGGAGGUGGAAUAUCAGGAGAACGACAUCUACAGCUGUGUGAUCAACAAUCCCAUCAGAAACCAGACUAAACAUCUCAACAUUACUGAAGUCUAUCAGACGUGUUCAGGUGAUUGUGUUCACUGUUGUGCUUUCACUGAAGCUGUGAUCCGAUUGGUCCUCUCUGCUCUGGUGGGCGUGGCUGCUGUUGCUGUACUAGUUUAUGACAUCACAUCCAGAAGAGAAGUGACAUCACCAUCAUGAAGUGUCAAAACACAUGAAUAUUAAUUAGGAUAUGUGCAGACAAUGCCAAAUAAUAUUUUACUGCUUUUGAGUUUAUCGUCACUCUUGAUGAUGAAUUUAAAUGCUCCAAUAAAUAUUUCACAUUUUCAAUAAUAAAAUGUUUUUUCCUUGGAUAUAUUUUGACCAAUUUGUAUGUACAGUAUUACAUCCCCCAAAAAUGUAUUUUUUUUUACUGUAUGGUU